CCAACUGUUUUUUAGCAGACGAAUCAACAAGUGACAACACAAGGUCUACCACGUGAGUCGUGACUGUCAUCAAUAGCCAUGGAAAUUGGAAAUAUUUCACCCCUAAAAAAGGAAUCAAUUAUUUGGUUACCUGGACCUUUAACGCAUGAAAUCUCCGAAAAAUUAAGAAGAACUACUACAAAUGAUGAUAAUAAGUUGGAAGACAGAGAUUUAACAAAUUGCCUUAAUAUAUUACUGGACCCGCUUUCUAAAAAACAUUUGGAUGUGUUAAAAAAGAUAACACGAAAUCUUGUGACUUAUACCUCAUCCAAUUUAUGGCCUUUACUUCUGGAAAUUGUGAUUAAUGGACUCUAUUAUUGUCAUUCAAAUCACAUAGUCAAGUCUUCCAUAAAUGGACUUGUUAGACAUUUACCAGAUAGCAACAUUGGUCUUGUGUCAUCGAUUGUUCAAGAAAAAAUGGCCGAGAUGAAUGGGGUUGAACUGGUGGCAGCCUUAAUUCAGUCAGAUUUUGGAAGUAAAGUGAUUAUCAACCAUAUUGAUUGUGUUGUAAACUUUUUCACAUCAUUUCUUAAUCAACUAUCUAUGGAAGUUCAACUCCUGAAACCAACAACUGAAAUAGCCAAACUGCACUCCAACAUUCAUUCAUUGUCUAGAACUCUGCUAUCUGUUUUUAAGCUGAUUAAAAUCAACAGUGUUACAGAACAAAGUCAAGAACUUUUAAAUUCAAUUACUUUGGUCUUAAAUCUGAAAGGAAUUCCAUUGGAGGUUCAAGGGAACUGCUCAAAAAUUCUUUUUCUCUUGGUAAAGCAACAGAAUAAUGGAAUGAAAUGUGUAAUUGAGAAGAUAAAAAUGGAAAAAGAACACAGCUUCAGUACGUUGGUACAGCUUGAAAAUACCGUUUCGAUUCGACUUAAUCUCUCAAUUGCUCUUCUUACGAGCCUGGAAGUGAACGAAUUAUUGCAAAUUCAUCAACCCUAUGGCACUUUGAUUGGUGGGGUGAUUCUUCCAAUUCUGCUGAAUUUUAGUGAUGGAUUAAAUGAAACGGAAUUGGCUUUGUUAACGGCUCGCUUUGUAGAACAGUGGCAACGCAAAUGUUACGAGUGUUUUGUUGCCCAUCAUUCACCUUUCCUGGCAGGAGAAUGGAAUGCAGCAAGUGAUCGACUGCUGGAAAUCAUGCUAAAUGGCCUCGAACACCAAAUAGAUGUUGUUCGUCACACAUCUAAAGAAGCGUUUCUCUAUAACCUGAAAACCUAUGUUCUUCUCAAAAGUGAUGUCGACCGAAUUGUGAAAACCAUUUUGGAUAUGCCACGAUUCAAAAAAUCCAAAUACAUGGCACUUGCUUGCCUUGCCAAAACUGAACUCGUUCCAGUUCUCUUGCGCGCUGAACACAAUCUGGCCGAGGAACUUCUUAACGUGGCCAAAGAUGUUGAUCUCUCUAGUCAGGCCAAAGAGGUAUUCAACCUGUUGAUGUUUCAAAAAAUGGAACACACUGAUGAAUGGAUGACGCAUUGGUUAUACCCUCUUCUCAACGCCAUGGAGAAACAUCCCAACGGGCAGAGUUUUGAAAGUUCGUUGGUAGAAUUAUUAAAAAUGCAUCCGGAGAUUAUUUACAACGUGGAAACAUGGUGCCAAGUAGACCGCCCAUCUCGUCUCGCUGUAUACAUAACGGCUUUGCUGGCCUGUAGAAAACUCGGCUUAUUUGCCACCGACAUCGACGCUCCACAAGAAAAAGUGUGGAACAAUGCACUUAAAGUGGACGUCUUGGAACAGGCGUUGGACCAUUACGACGGAAAACUGCGUUUAAACGCUCUUGGUAUCAUCAUCGAAGGACCGAAAACUUUGUAUUCACGUUUGGAGAUUGAGUGGAUUCGCCAGUUCAUCUCACGAAAUAUGAUUAAUUCUAAUGCUGCAUUUCGCCAACAACUCUGUGCUUAUAUGAAAAAGUUUCUUUUGAAAUUAAAAAAUGGCAGUGUACCGCUUAGUAACCGGAAUGAAACGAUAGUGGCCAAUUAUCGGGAAUUCGUGACCUGGAUCAUUAGUAAAUGUCUGACUGAUUUAGGGCCUGCUUCUAGUUUUUCUCGUCGUUUCCUUUCACUGCAAUUCCUCAAAUUGGUUCAUGAAACGAUUGGAUUGGAAAUGAACCCCAGUGGCUUAAAUGUGACACCUACUCUAGGCCUGUCUGCUGUUUCCUCGCUUGUCGAUUGCUUUUUCGACUCCUAUGAUGUCAACAAGGAACUUGCUCUGGAUCUUUUGCAGUCACCGCGUAUCGUAACUCUCAUCAGUCAAGAUCCUAAAGGUGAAGAGCUGAUUGAUUUCUACUGGGAGUCGAGUCUAGCGUUAAGUCAAAGUCUACGAUCAGCUGAUACCGUAGCUGCCGGCUUCUUUUUCCGUUGGCUAAUUCAUCUCAAGAUGACGAAAAUUGACGUGCAAUUGCAGCCUAGAAAUAUCUGGUCGUUUCAGACGAGGAACACUUUUGUUUUGAUGAACCAACUAAUGCGGAUGUUGAAAGGUCAACUGGACGCUGCACGGGGAAGUCUGGGCCGUUUGGCCAUUGACGCCCCUAUAUAUGGAUUGCUCUCGUCGGUCCGACUCUUGUUAAAUGAUCAACAGCUUCGGGAUGAUGGUCUGAAAGAUGAGGUAUGGGAAUCCAUUCUUUUGGACGUGAUAGACGUUUGUUUCGAAGCCAGCGCUAUUGCAUCGCCAGUCGUCACUUGUGACUCCCCCGAAGGAUUUCUUCCUGAUGCUUCCGAUUUUCCUUCACAACAAUUGAAUGCACAAACACUACUAGUAUCUAGUUGGCGUUCCGUGAAGGAGGUGGCUCUUUUGUUUGGCCAAAUUUCUUCUUUGAUGCUUGGAACGGAUUUUCGAGGCAUGAAAGAUAAUGGCGACGUGAUUCUCAAAAUGGGAUUGCAUCUAAAAAUGCUAUUGCUGGAAACCAAACAUCGAGGCGCUUUCGAACAAGUUUAUUGCGGUUUUUCACAACUCUCUUACGCCCUUGCGAAGAGUUCCCGGCUGGAGUUUCAUAAACUUCCUGCAGUCUGGCUACUGAAUAUUGUUCGUGAUUUAAAAGAUAACGAGUCUGCUGCCAAGUUGUGUGCUACCCGACGUUCGGCCGGCCUUCCGUUUGUUUUUCAGGCCAUUCUUUCGCCAGAGGUAGAAAUAGGAAAUGGGAAAUUGUUCGCAACGACAAUGGAAUCUCUGCUGGAGAUAGCAGCCAGUGAGAAAGCAAGUGAAUGUCGGAUUCAUGCACUAAAUAUUCUACGCAAUCUCUACCGAGAAUCUCGCCUCAAUCAAGUGAUUGGACCUUAUGUUGCGCGAGGAUUAAUUUUAUCUAUAACUGGUUUCGAGGCUCCAGAUUGGCCGGAACGUAAUUCGUCUACACUGCUGUUCAGCGCCCUGAUGACGCGCAUAUUUGGGGUCCCAAAAUCCAAAAAUGACUUUCAAAAGAAAAACAGUUUGACAGGUCGUGUUUUCUUUCAGCUGUAUCCAUCACUAUAUCCAUUCUUGCUCGAGCGACUUCGCUCGUGUGUCACUGAUAUAGAAAAUGAUGGAAUUCAUCUUCAUCCUUCAUUGUUUCCAAUGCUGGUGUUACUGGGAAGACUCCAUCCCUCAACUUGCGAAUUUUCCGAUUCAGCAUUUCAGUUGGAGCCAUUCAUUUCUCUAGUUCACGCCUGUGGAUCUUCGCCCGUUCUAAAAACAAGGCAGCUAGCUGCACAAGCUCUUACGCCUUUGUUGACGCCCACCACCUUAGCUUCUUUUUUGCCAAAACUCUUGGAUUCGAUUCCAAAAUGCACUUAUCAUAAUGCACUGCACGGGACUCUGCUUCAGAUUCAUUAUUUUGUGAAAGACGUGCAGCAGUGGGUUGAAGCACAUCGUGUGUUUCAAUCUUUAAUUGACGGCACUGGAAAGAUUGUUGUUUUGCUAAGCAGCUGUUGCCAUCUCAUCCGUUACGAAAGUUCUGAAAUCCUCAAACUUCUUCUGAAUUCUGGUAUAUUUCGGGAUUCCUCUAUCAAGGACAUUAUAUUGCAGACGUGUCUAAGUGAACUUCAGUGUCGCAAUCCGAUAUUUCACAGUGAACCUUUUUAUCCACUUUCCUGUCAAAAGCUAACAGCUCUGGCAGUGUCUGGCAGAAAUUCAACCGACGCAUUUGAGCUACUAAAUCAUCCGUUAGGCGAAGUGCGGCUGGAGGUUCUUCAAAAAUUAGACUUCAUCGAUUUAAGUAUGCUGCCAACGCUGAAAACGAUCAUUUCCGAUGAAAACGAAUCUUUUGAAUGCCGAACCAAAGCUUUGAGUCUUAUUAGUCGUUUCAAAUCCGACGAUAAUCUUCUGAAAUGGUUACUCAAACUCUAUCGAGAUGAAACGGAUGACACCUUCCGUUGUGAAGCGUUGGCAGUUGCUGGAGGCGUAAUCAGCUCCAACGAUUCCAGCAAUAUUCUGCUUCUACUAGAGUGGAGUGCUUAUUUGGUAGAAUGUGUGCAAUCAACGUCUCUCUUCCGCCACAUGGUCGUCGAAACCAUCGCUAAAUGCCCUAGAGUGUUGCAAUUUAACAAAAGUUUAACCGCCUCCAAAGAACAAGGUGUCAUUUUAUCCAAUAUGUGGGCGUGUCUCGUCAAUUGCAUCAUCGACGACGAAGAAUCGAUACGUUCGGCUGCAGCUGCGGUCGUCUGCGAUGUCUACAUUGGAUAUUGGAAGCAAGCACAACCAGCCGUGGCCAUUGAAAAAGCUUUGGAAUAUUUAGUGGAAUACGUUGGCUUCCAUUAUUCAAUGGAGGUGAUUAUGUUACUAACCGACAUAGUUCUGGAAGAGGAUGAGCAACCGGAGGGAGACAGUCAGUCCUUUGAAACAGGUGACAGUGAUGCAUUUCGGGAGCCAUUAAUUCUUUCCGAGCUCUUUUGUCGUUACAUUGAGCGUUGCGUCAGACAGAACGCCCUUUCUUCCUCAGACUCGACAAUAUUGGCUGAACAACUAGAAAAUCGAUGGAAAAUUUUGGGAAAAUGCAAUACUUUAUCCGUAGAUUCACUCAUUUCUAAACGACGGUCCGUCAGUUUUUACAUAAUCAGUGUAGUGAAACUUUUCCUGUUGACAAAAUCGUUACAAUCAGUCCAUGCAAACAUCGCCGUCCUUCAUCGAGGCAUCCAUCAUUGCCUUGAACAGUUAAACUCACAUUGGUCUACUUAUUCUAUUCAGCAACUUGUUUGUCAAGUUUCAGUGUAGGCCUAAAGAUUGCCUCCCGCAUGUGCGGUGACGCGUUGUCUCUUACAUAAGUUUUUGAGAUACUCCCUCUCCUGGCCCACCCCAGCAAUCCUUCUCAUCCCCCAGACUUCUACCAUUGUUUCAUAUACACACUGUGAUCUUAAAUCUCCAUUCAGACUUCCAUUUUUUCAAGUCACAUACACCAUACUCGCUCACACAAGUUAUUUUUACUAACUUUUUCUUGUUGUAUUCGUUAAAAGAUAACUUUGUUUUCUUGUCGAAUGCAGGAGAAUUCGCAAUUAAAAGAAUAUUAAUACCCAACCUCCCCCC